AAAAUAUAAAUUCUUGUCAUGUGUAUACUUCUAAGAUAUUGUUCACAAAGAAUUAGUAGAAAUUUAUAUUUGUUUUAAUAUUUAUUCUUUAUUAUGUUUUUUCAUUUGUUUAUCAAUGAUAUUAUACUUAUUACAUUGAAAAUUUAACAAAAUAUAAAUUGAAACUAUCUUUCUUUCUUUCUUUAUACCCUUGAUUUGUUUUCUUAUAUAAAAAGCGAUGUAUAAUACAUGUGAGAUACACGCCGUCAAGCCAAGACACGUCGAUUUAUAUAUAUAGCUCAUUAAGUUAUUUUCUUCUAAAAUUAUAUUAUCUUUGAAAUAUAAAAGUGAAAGUAUGUAAAAAACUGUAAUAAAAAAUAAACAUAUAAUAACCAUUGAAGAAAAGAAAAAUGUUAGAUUUUGGUGUAUAAUCAAAGUUUAUAGUGAAGUGUUAUGAAUAACAAGUUUCAAAUUUUGAAGUGCAUUAGAAAAUUAUAGAAAAUAUUUUUUUUUAAUAUGUAUAGGCAUAUUCUCGCGAUCGAACAACGUAUUUUACAAUGUAAACAUAAUUACAUAAAAGUCAAUAUUAAAAAUGUGGCGCAGCAGUCUGGAAAAUUGAAAGAAUACGAAGGUCGGAAACUUAUCGGGUUUUCAAUGGAACAAAUUUACACUGUGGUAGCAGAUGUAGAAAAUUAUAAGAAAUUUGUACCUUUUUGUAAGAAGUCAGAAAUUAUUUAUAAAAAAGAAAAUUUUCUCAAAGCUAAUUUAGUUAUAGGAUUUCCUCCUCUUACCGAAAGCUAUACUUCUGAAGUAUCAAUGGUACCUUCUCGUCUUGUUAAAGCAGAUUGUACUGACGGUAUAUUAUUUGAUCAUUUGAAAACAUUAUGGAUUUUUAGUCCAGGUUUAAAAAAUAAUGCAAAUACAUGUGUAAUAGAUUUCUCUUUAUCGUUUGAAUUUAAAUCAAUCAUUCAUUCUCAUUUGUCUAAUUUGUUUUUUAAUGAAAUUGUAAGACAAAUGGAAAAUGCUUUUGUUCAAGAGGCAGAAAAGAGAUAUGGUAAACCAUGCUUAAAAACAGUACGAUUAGAAAGAUGACGAAAAUAAGAUAUUUAAUAUAUAUUUAUUGAUAAUUAUAACAAUUGAAAGAAUAAUUAAUUUAUUUUAUUUGAAAACUAUUUAAAUAUUUUAUUUCUGCAAUUAUUUGUUUAAAUAAAA